CCUUGUCUUGCAACAACACCCGCCACAGAUCCAACAUGGCCACCAAGCUGUACUACUUCGACGCUCGAGGGCGAGCUGAGAUCAUUCGUCUGACCCUGGCAGCUGCCGGGCAGUUCGAAGAUGUCAGAUUUGCGCGCGAGGAAUGGGUGUCCAAGUACAAGCCAGAGGCACCAUUUGGCCAAGUACCUUUUAUCGAACUCAAUGGCAAAAAGUAUGGACAGAGUGUCGCCAUAGCAACGUAUUUUGCACGCGUAAAUACAUCACCUGUCUUUUCUCAGACUGUUGGUGACAACGAACUGGACGGUCUUCGUAUUGGGGAGGUAAUUGGCCUUGUGCAAGAUGCCGUGCAGAGCAUGGUUCGAAUCUUCAGAGAAGAGGACCCAGCUAAAAAGGAAGAGCUUAAGAAGAAGAUAGCAGAGGAAGACCUACCCAAAUUUUUUGGAUUCUUCCAAAAGUUGCUUCGGGAGAAUGGUACCGGAUACUUCGUAGGAAACAAGUUGUCUCUAGCCGACAUCGUCGUGUAUGACCAGGCCACCAGUGUCCAGCAGAACUUCAACUACGACGCAGCAGCCAAAUUUCCCGAGAUUCAGACCCUCGUCGACAAAGUGGAGAGCAAUGAAAAGCUCAAGCCUUACCUGGCCAGCCGCAAGGUAACUACAUUUUAAGGGGAAACAACGCAGUUGUGACAUUGUGGCCCGUUGGAAUGCAUCCUUUCUCUUGAAAGAACAGUUUCAGAUUGAGUUAAUAGCAAAUAAACAAAAGGGCGCAAGGUCAACCACUCGUCCAGUCCACAUCUUUGGUAUGUUUGAAGACGGAGACUUGCCUGUACAUCAGAGAAUGUUUAACACUGAAAACAGAAAUAGUUACUCUCAAAGGACGAACAAAAGAACUAUUAGCAGAUCACUUCGAUCUUUCGAGUCCUGAAAAUUAUGUUGGGGUCCAGAUUGUACCAUCUGUACCUCAAGCGAGGGUGACCAUAUAAGUUUUGAAGGGAUCAAUGUGAAUAGCUAUUUUAUUUGCUGACAAGAUUGCGGUGUGCCUGAGUGACCACAGUGACAGUACAAGUUUUUUGCUAUAGAGGUGUGGACACGAUGAGAGCUGCUGCAGACACAAGGCAUUUGUCAUCAGUUCUGUUUGUCACAAUAAGCUGUAGACAAUCCACAAUCCGCAGCUUUUUGCCUCUAUCACGAAUUGUUGUUUCUUUUUGUGUCCAUGACCUGUCGAUGCAGAAAGUCCGCUUUUUAUCCAGUGAGAAAACUCUUUGCUUUGAUCUCAAUAUCUUAACCGCAGUCUGAUGUUUGAAGUAACAUUUAAAAUCAUUAGCUGCGAGGGCAAAUAGUCACUGAUCAUCCACUUCGGGAAAUGUGGAAUAAACACAUUCUGCUAAUUUAACAUCAAGCUUUGCUCAACUUGUGGAAUCAGUUAUUGUUUUUACUAUUUUUUAUUGAUAUGAGUUGUAUUGGUGUUUAUAUUAAUAAAGCAGUACAAAAUUU